AUGGAUGUAGAACUUCGUUGUCCAUUAUGUCAAGAUUUUUAUCAAUUACCAUUAUAUUUACCGUGUCAUCAUUCAUUGUGUACUGCAUGUGCCAUUUCCAUACAACAAAACAUUUCAUCUGAUAUAUCACAAAAUGUAAAUAAUAAAUUGAAACAAAAUGAAAAUAUUGUUCGUAAUAGUAUAGUGGGCUCGAAUCUUGGUUCAAUAUCGUUUGCAUCCGAUUUAGACAAAUUAUCAUUAAUAAGUGAUAAUGAUUCGGGUGUUGUUAUUUCCUCAGCUUCAUCAUCUUCAUCCUGUUCAUCCUCUGUUACUCGUCCAAAUAGUUUGAUUUCCUCACCAAUUGUACCACCAGCAUUACCGGAAAUAUCCUUGUUAAAUAGCAUACCGUUCACUUCAUCUACAAAAAAUCCAUUAUUAACUAUAACAAAGACAACUACAUCCUAUUAUUCAACUUAUCUUCAAUGUCCCGUAUGUUCUAAAUAUAUUUAUAUGGAUCAAACAGGUAUCAAAAGUCUACCAGAAAAUCGUUUAUUAAAAGAUAUUUUAAUUCAUUAUAUCGAAACAAAAAAGAUAAAUACAAAAGAAUUAUUUUCUAAAUGUCAAUUGUGUGAAGAAAAACCACAACAAUUAAAUCUAAACAGUAAUUUGGAUGAUCAAGACAAGAUAAUACAAUUAUGUGAACAAUGUUUAGUUUAUUAUUGUGAAAAAUGUCGUGAACAAUAUCAUCCUAUGCGUGGACCAUAUGCAAAACAUAAUUUUAUAAAACAAACUGAUUAUUUAUUUCACCUUUCAUCACCAACAAAAACCGUUACAAAAUCUUUUAUUGAUAAUAAAAUUUGUUCCGAUCAUCCUAAUCGUCUAUUGAAUCUCUAUUGUAUUUAUUGUCAUAUUGAAUGUUGUCAACAAUGUAUGCAAGAAAAUCAUAUUCAACACGAAAUACAUCCAAUUUCACAAGCAGCCAAAGCAUAUAAGACGCAACUGUCGACACAAUUACAAAGUUUAUCAGAAAAAGCUAAACAAGGAACAGAAUUUUUAACAAAAUUAAAAACAUAUCCUGAUCAUAUCAAGAAAAACUGUUCCACUUUUCAAUCGUCAAUUAUUAAAGAAAUCGAUAUUCUUAUACAAACAUUAGAAACGAAAAAACGUGAAUUAGUUGAUGUGCUUGAAAAUGAAAAAGAGCGAAAAUUUUCUAUUAUUAAACAACAAUGUGCAGACAAUACGUUUCAUAUUCAACGAACAACUGGAUUUUUACAAUUUUGUGUUGAAGCAUUAAAAGAAUCCGAUCCAACCGCAUAUUUACAGGUAUGCCAUGGAUUAAAUACAAAAUGCAAUGAACUCUAUGAAAGUUUUUCGGAAGAGUUCGAGUCAAAAUCUCAUACAUCACAUGAAUUUGACUUAACAUUCAAUGUUGAAAAUUUAAUGCGAGAAAUUCAUCGUUUACAAUUUCAACAAAUGAAAGCUCCAUCAUCACCGCGUUUUAAUGUUGAACAAUGUAUGUGUGAUGAUUCCGGUUCUGGUACACUUGCGUGGUUUACAAGAGAUCAUUCAACAAUUCAGAGUUUUGUACUUGAAUUAGAUGAUGGAACAUUAUCAAGUGACUUCCGUGAAGUCUAUUGUGGACCAGAAACAAUGUGUGCAGUUGAUGGACUUGCACUUAACUGUGUCUAUAAUGCUCGAGUAAAAGCGUAUAAUCAAGCUGGAGAAAGUCAAUAUAGUGAAUGUAUAACGUUGCAUUCCGCUUCCGUCUACUGGUUUACAUUCAAUCCACGAAUUGCUCAUCCUGAUAUCACAUUUUUGAGUAUUAAUUCUGACUCUCUAACAUGUCAAAGUUAUGAAGAUCGUAUUGUUUUGGGUAAUGUUGGUUUUCGCAAAGGUGUCCAUUAUUGGGAGUUAAUUAUUAAUCGUUAUGAUGACAAACCUGAUCCUGCGUUUGGUGUAGCCCGUUUUGAUGUGUCAAAAGAUCAUAUGUUAGGUAAAGACUCAAAAUCUUGGUGUAUGUACAUUGAUAGUGAACGAUCGUGGUUUAUGCACAAUGGACAACAUACAAAUCGUCAAACUGGUGGUAUAGGUGUUGGCAGUGUAAUCGGACUAUUGCUUGAUUUGAAUAAUGGAACAUUGAGUUUUUAUGUGAAUGAUGAACCCCAAGGACCAAUUGCAUUUACAAAUCUUCAUGGUGUAUUUUAUCCAGCCGUCAGUUUAAAUAAAAAUGUACAUAUGGAUCAGUCGUCUGAUCUUGUGCCACCAAUGAUGAAUUUCGCUUUUCCUUCGACAAACAACAAUGUAAAUGAACAGACAGUCAACCCAGGUGUCCUACCCCCACUUACUCCAUCUUCUCUUCCCGGUGGGACACCUGAUGCGGUGCAUGAUCAAAAGAAGCAAGAACAGCAAAUUCAACCUGGAUUAAUGCCAACUGCACAAUGGCCUCCUCAAAUGUAUCCCGGCUAUCCGCCACAAUUUAUGUUUCCAGGAUACGGAAUGCCCUACAGUGCUUAUCCUCCAAUGUUUCCUGGCACCGAUCCUAAUCGUCCACCAUCACGUCAGAGUGUUUCAAAUGAUUAUCCUUCAUCUUCAAGAUCGAUAGUAAAUGGCAGUAGUGGCGGUCAGCCUUCUGCUUCAUCAUCUGGCACUGCACAACCACCACCUUUCAUACCUCAACAAUAUCCAGGUUACAUUAACCCUGGCAUGGCUAAUCCGUGGUUUGACCCGUAUUGGGCGCAAAUUUACAGCACUUAUCCACAUCCGUAUGGAUAUGGUUAUGCAGAUGAAAUGAUGAAACAUUAUAAAAAUUUGGCUUAUCCAGAAGAUGAUCGUUAUAGUUAUCAUUCAAAUUAUUCUCAAACGAAAGCGUCCCAACAUAGUUCAUUGCCCAACUGGGGUUCGGUUGACUCACUGAAUGAUCAAUACUAUCAGAAUGGGUUUGAAUCAAGGCCUCCACAAACACAAUACCAGCAACCACAACAACAAUUAAGAUCACAACAUCCACAACGAGUACAUCCUAAUUCACAAUCGAAUGUUCAGGAUCAAAGCAAAUUAUUAUUAACUACAACAAAACAUCAAACGCCAGCACAGCAGGUUCAAUCAAAAAAAGAAUCGUCUGACGAGGAUGAAGACAGUGAUGAUAGUGAGGAAAGUCAACGAUCGGAAGAUGAUGCUAGUAGUGAUCGUUUUAGUAUCAAGUCUGAUUUAGCUGGAGUUGUAGAACCGGCUGCACGACGAACACCCUUCUUAUUUACUCGUCCACAUUUGCGUGUGAGGUUUUCGUUCGAUCAAAUGAUUAAAGUUUUACCGCAAUCUCCCAGUGACACUGAACAACCAGCGACAGUUGAAAUUGUUAAUUCAAAUAGUCUUUACAAUCAUUCACAAACACUUGCCGACGAACGUCAAAUUUUAAUGGAUUUUAUCGGACCACUGACUGCUUCGACAGCUAAACAAAAUGUUAUACGUUAUUGUGAAAAACAAGCUCAAAGUGUUUUAAAAACGAGUACAGCUAUUGACAAAGAUGCUUUAUCGUUAUUAUGGCAAUACAUGGCACUGUUAGUGAAGACGAACGCUACAAUUGAUGUUCGUGUCGACAUUCCAAAAUUAUUAUGGACAACAAGUAGUAGUAGUAGUAAUACGGAAGCUAUUUCGAAUGAUCAACAUUUACUAUCAUCACCUACAAUAAAUAAUCAUCAAGCAUCUGUACAAGAUUCAUUACGAGAAUUUUUGGCACUUGGUGAAAUCGAUAAUAGUAUAAAAUGUGCUUGUGAUAAUCAUCUGUAUACUCACGCGUUAAUUAUUGCCUAUCAGACGGACGAACGUUUAUUCAAAAAAACCAUGAAUGAUAUUAUUUCGAAUCUCGGUAAUGGUGAUGUUUUAAAAACCUUUUAUGAAUUAGGAUCUGGAUUACCACCAUCCGUAGUCACUAAUGUAACAAAACCACAUUAUGGCGAUUGGCGACGACAUCUAGCUGUUAUUCUAGCAAAUCGCACAGAAUCAAAUGCAUCAUUUGUUGAUCAAUGUAUAAAAACGAUGGGUGAUACACUUGGCUCAUCUGGUCGUCUCUAUUCAAGCCAUUUUUGUUAUUUAAUAAGCAAUGUGCCAUUUGGUUCUUACAGAAAUAACACAGAUAAAUUUGCUUUGCUUGGAAGUGCUCAUGUCGGACAAUCUUAUUUAUCAUUUGCUCAACUACCUAAUAUACAGUUGACUGAAGUGUAUGAAUAUGCUAUUCGGAAGUGUUAUUCACUACCAACUUUUACUCCAUUGAAAAUCUAUUACGCAUCUAGAUUAAUCUUGCAUGGUUUACGACGAGAAGCCCUUUCUUAUUGUGGAGAAAUUGGUCAAACAUUACUUCGCCAAGAAAACUUGACUCAUGUUCAACUAUCCGAUUUACAAUUGCUUAUUAUGAUUGGCGAAAAAUCACGUGUAUCUAAUCGAAAUUUUCAAUUAGAUCCAUCCACAUAUAAAGAUCCGACAUGGUUAGUCGAAAUAAGACGUGUCUAUCAAACAAUACUUCAAGUAAUACAACAAGAUCAACCACAAUUUAAUGGACAAGAUCGGCGGCAAAUAGCAGACCAGCAGAAGUAUCAAGUACAACCUCCAACAAAUCAAGCUGAAAUGCCUCGACAACAGGACCCAGAACAUCAUUACCAUCAGCACCAAUUUCAAAUACCAUCACAGCCUUUUAUUCCAAACAGUCAGGCAUCAUAUCCGACACAAAAUCAAAUAACAGCAGAUCAAUCAUGGUAUCAACCACUACAAGUACAACCUGAACACCAACCACAUCAGGAAAUACUUCAAUCAGAUAGAGGAAGAUUACCAUCGAACGAAGUACGUGACGAAUAUCCUACAAACGAUGGUCAAGUACUGCAGAAUGGUCACCCAGCUAAGAAAUCCUAUUCCUUUUUUGAGGAUGAGAUUGAGAACAAAGAUAAUAAAAUCAAAGCACCAUCAUCAACAGAAAAAUCGGAUGCAAAUUCAAAUCCACAACAGCUUAAAAGUGGCAUGAUGAGUGGACUUUGGGGGCGAAUCUUUCCGAAAAAGCUACCUCAAGCGCACUUACCAGAUGAUAAAAAUAAAACUUUGAAAUUUGAUGAAAAAACCCGUCGAUGGAUUGACACAAGCAAGUCCGCGGCUGAAAAUGAACCAACAUCAAUCAAACCACCACCCCUAAAUCAAUCAUUUGCAUCAUCUGGGGAUAAUCCAAAUACAAUUUCAUCUCAACAACCUCCACAUUUCAAUUCCAAUACUUCAACAUCACAGCAGCUUUUACAACCUGCACAUCCUAAUUCAAUGCCAAAUGCUUCAUUCACAAACCAACCGCAAACACGAUCAGUUAAUUUCAAUUCUGCGACAACGACAACAGUACCGAACCAACUUCAGGCGCAACCAGUACAGCCGAAUGUUCAAAUACAUCCACAGAUGCAACAAUCACAGUUGCCACAACCACAACAAUUUAAUUCUCAGAUGCAGUCUCAACAACAGCAACCAGCUUUGUCAACAAACAAUAUCAGUCAACAACCAUCUACUAAUCAACAGGGUCAGACUGCACAAUUAUCACAAGGUCAACAGAGACUCCAGAAUAUAAGAGAAAAGCAGAAGCAACAACAACAACAAAUGCAAAUGCAAACAUCAUUAAACUCAUCAAAUCAAUAUUCUUUGAAAAGUCGCCAAAAUCAAUCACGUUAUGUUGAUAUCCUAGCAUCGAAAGCGGCACCUGUCAAUCCCAAUUUAUCGCUGAACGAUUUUGGUGCAACUCUACCAACAUCGACAUCAUCCAAUUAUUUUAUUCCAGAUAAACAAACAUUGUUAAAACAAAAUAUGUACGAUCGUGAUGUUAAUGACGCUGAAGUAUCAUGGAUUAAUUUUCGUGUAAAUUUUUUAAUUUCUAUUGUUCAAUUUGUUUUGUAG